AUGGAAAUUAAGCCGGUCGAGGUUAUUGACGGCGUCCCCGUCUUUAGGCCCUCCAUGAUGGAAUUUGCAAAUUUUCAGUAUUUCAUUGACGAAAUCACCAAAUUCGGGUUGGAGAACGGCAUUGUCAAGGUCAUCCCUCCCAAGGAAUGGCUAGAUCUUUUGGAAGAUUCUCCCUCUGUGGAGUCUUUGAAGACUGUUCGAAUCAACUCCCCAAUUCAUCAAAAUGUCAAGCAGUGGGAGGGACAACAAGAAAACGGCCUCUUCACUGUCGAAAACGACUACGAUGAUAAAUCGUAUGAUUUAACGCAGUGGAAGAAUAUGGCCUCCAAUUCUGAUGGUCGAAUAAAGCAAAGCCAGGAUGAUGAAGUCUUGAAACAAAACUAUGACUUAAGCAAUCAAGACGAUUUUUAUGACUUGACAAAACUACAGUUUUUGGAAAGCGAUUUUUGGAAAACUGUUUUUCUGUCCAAACCGCUCUAUGGUGUGGACGAAGCCUCUUCACUUUUCCCCUACGAUCUGACUUUAUGGAAUUUAAAUAAUUUAUCGGAUUCCAUAAAUUCAAGCAAUAGACAUAUACUCUCAGGUCUACCUAAAUCGAUGUUUCCAUGGCAUUUGGAUGAACAGAACAAAUGUUCAAUAAACUACUUGCACUUCGGUGCCCCCAAACAAUGGUAUUCCGUACCCUGUUUGAAUACAGACCGAUUUUUGAAUCUUUUAUCAAAGGAGUUACUAUCUGAUAAGAAAAAUUGUCCUGCAUUUAUGAGACAUCAAAAUGUUCUAACAUCUCCAGAUUUCUUGAAAAAGAAUAAGGUGAAAUUCAAUAGAGUCGUACAAUUUGAACACGAAUUCAUCAUCACUUUUCCUUAUAGCAUGAAUUCAGGAUUUAACUAUGGCUAUAAUCUUUGUGAAUCCAUUGAAUUCACCUUAGACCAGCAAACUAUUGUUAGAAAGCAACCGUUUAAAUGUGUUUGUGCAUCGAAGAAGGAAGAAGAGAAGACUAGUGCCUUUUCCAACCUAUCCUACGAUUCUAAUGAAUCUGAGCAAAGAGAAUCCAACAACGAUAACGAUAACGAUAAUGACUUAUUCCAAAAAGUUCGCAGUUUCGAUGAGCUACUAAACCAUUCCUCUCAGGAAUUACAAAACCUUGAAGACAACAAAAACCCCUUAUUCUCCAACAUCAAUAUGAACAGGCCACAAAGUAGUUCUCUUCGAUCUACCACGCCCAAUGGUGUCAACCAGUUCUUGAACAUGAAUCAAACCACAAUAAGCAGGAUUUCUUCUCCACUACUAUCAAGAAUGAUGGAUUUAUCAAAUAUUGUAGAACCUACCUUAGAUGACCCCACUUCAAAAUUCAAAAGAAAGAUUCUAACUCCGCAAUUGCCUCAAAUGAAUAUUCCAUCCAAUUUAAGCAAUUUUGGUACUCCAUCUUUGACAAAUACAAAUUCUUUACUAUCUAAUAUGACAAAUGCGUCGACUAAUCCAUCCACUAUCACAAAUGGCAAUCCAAACCACAACAACGUUAACAGUGGUGCUGUGCCCGCAGCUGCAAUCUCUGGUGCCAAUGCCACUAGCAGCACCAAUAACAGUACCAAUAACAGUAGUAAUAACAACGUUUCAACGGUCCCUUCCUCGAUGAUGCACUCGUCCACUUUAAAUGGAUCCUCGGGUUUAGGUGGUGAUAACGAUGACAACAUGUUGGCUUUAAGUUUGGCCACUUUGGCCAACAGUGCCACUGCAUCUCCGAGACUAACGCUACCGCCGUUGUCUUCACCAAUGAAUCCAAACGGCCAUACUUCAUAUAACGGUAGCAUAAUCAACAAUAACAGCAGCAAUGGUAACAACACAUACUCCAACGGUACUGCCACGGCUAAUGCCACGGCUACAUCAGCACCUCACAAUUUAUCGAUUGUGUCUCCUAAUCCCACUUACAGUCCCAAUCCGUUGUCUCUGUAUUUAACCAACUCCAAGAACCCGUUAAAUUCAGGUCUCGCCCCAUUAUCUCCUUCUACAUCCAAUAUUCCAUUUCUUAAGAGAAAUAAUGUGGUUACUUUAAAUAUUUCAAGAGAAGCUUCAAAGAGCCCCAUAUCUUCGUUUGUCAACGAUUAUAGGUCUCCUUUGGGCGUAAGCAACCCACUAAUGUACUCUUCCACAAUUAACGACUAUUCGAACGGUACUGGAAUUCGUCAAAAUAGUAAUAAUAUUAAUCCCUUAGAUGCAGGUCCAUCUUUUUCUCCACUUCACAAAAAACCCAAAAUACUCAAUGGUAACGAUAACAGCAAUAACAAUAGUAACAAUUUUGAAUACAAUUUCGCCAGCAAUAAACAAGAACCUAAUUCAGCAAUUUUGAACAACGAUGCCAAUAAUAAUGAAACGUACAAUACUUCUUCGAUGAAUAGUAACGGUAAUAAUUAUCAACCGCAUUCUUCUAAAUUUGGUGAAAAUGAAGUCAUUAUGUCAGACCAUGGCAAGAUCUACAUUUGUCGAGAAUGUAACAGGCAAUUUUCUUCUGGUCAUCAUCUAACAAGGCAUAAAAAAUCUGUUCAUUCUGGUGAAAAGCCCCACUCUUGCCCAAGAUGCGGUAAAAGAUUCAAAAGAAGAGAUCAUGUUUUACAACAUCUAAAUAAGAAAAUUCCAUGUACUCAAGAAAUGGAAAAUGCUAAAUUAACUGAAUCAUAA